UCUCCCUGGCUCCCUUCUUCUUCUUCCCGUCCCUUCACCCGUCUCCAUUUUAUCGUCAUCGAUCUGUCUCCCUUCUUCUUCCUCUCGAUCCCCACCUCACCGGCUGGCCAGCUCCCCCGUUGCUUGCCUUCUUGAUCGGAUCCAUCGAUGGGUCAUCAUCUCGUCCUCCUCACGCUGGCUCUCCUUCAGAUCACUACCACGCACGCCACAGGCCGUGCUCAAGCUGCUGCCAUCACCCAGGAGACCAUGGGUGUGGGGAGCAUGAUGAGGAGCAUGGUCGGGUCGAGGCCGCCGAGCUGCGAGGGGAGAUGCUUGUGGUGCGGGGGCCGCCGCUGCGAGGCCGUGCAGGUGCCCAUCACCCCGCAGGAGCUGCAGAUGAAGAAGAGAGGCCAAGGCCAUGGCCACGGGAGAGGUGGCCCAAGAUCAAGAGGUGCUGGAGGAGGGUCGCAUUCACUGAAGCCUUCCUCGUACGACGACCACUCCAACUACAAGCCGCUCAGCUGGAGAUGCAAGUGCGGCAGCGUGCUCCUCAACCCUUGA